AUUAUAUCGUGAAAUGCAAAGAAAGUGUAAAAGUAGAGAGAAUGAAACUCCGGAACAAAGUAAAAGACGUCACACUUGUGAUCGUGAAAGUAAAAUCAGAAAAAAGGCCAAUGAAACUGAAGAACAAUGCAGACAAUGA